AUGGUCGCCCUCGACAUCUUCCUUGGCAAUGUCAUCGCACUCGCAGCCCUCACCAUCGCGACGCCAACAACUACCGUCCCAACCACAACCGAGGCCCUCGAGCCACACCUCGACAUAAUCAUGGUUGACAGCCCGCCGAGCGACCCGACGCGCUUCGUCCCUAGCGUACGCUCGUCGUUGAUGAAGCGCCAGCACGAGGAAUGCUGGGACAACGACAUUCACAGUAAAAAUUACAAUUCCCGUCGCGCGCAGCAGGAAGCGUACGAGAACGACUGCCAGUUGCUGCUCACCACUAUGGAGCGCUCGCACACGACAAUCACCUUCGCGCCCGAGCAGAGCAAAGACUUCUUCACCAGUCACCAAAUAUGCAAGCUCACCGUCCGCAACCAGCAGAAGGCCAGCUGCAGCGUCAAGACGCAAAGCGUGAAUCGCGCCACGAUGGGCAAGUCCCUGGAAGAGACUCUUGACGCAUGCCCGUCGCUAGGGCAAAAUAGUGGCUGGGGGUAUAUCACGGGGAAACCGAAUCUGGUCUAUAUUGUCGAGCCUCAUCAGCUUGCACCGCCUUCGUAUUCGCCUAGUUGCGAGGAUGGUGGCUUCCCUGGAAGCAGUAGCAGCGGUUAA